GUGCCACGUGCGCGAGAGGGGCGUCACUGACGAGCGAAGCGUCUCUCUCUCUCAGUCUCUCUCUUUCUCCCCCGAUGAACCCGGCCGCGGCCGUUCCGGGGGCCCAGAGUCCGGCCUGUACCCUGGCGGGCUCCGCUUCCCCUUCUCCUCCCGCCAGCGCUCCUUCGGCCCCGCGGCCCCUCUUCAGGCACGCGCACUACGAGAACCUGGUGGCCGGGCUCAGCGGCGGCGUCAUCUCCACGCUGGUGCUGCAUCCUCUGGACCUGGUCAAGGUCCGCUUCGCAGUGAGUGAUGGCUUGAAGCUGAGGCCUAAAUACAAUGGCAUUUUGCACUGUUUGACAACCAUCUGGAAACAAGAAGGACUACGUGGCCUGUACCAAGGUGUGACGCCAAAUGUAUGGGGUGCUGGUGCCUCUUGGGGCCUCUAUUUUUACUUUUAUAAUGCCAUUAAAGCAUACAAAACAGAAGAUAAACUGGAAAGUCUUGGAGCAACUGAACACCUUGUGUCAGCUGCUGAGGCUGGAGCAAUGACCCUGUGUAUUACAAAUCCAAUCUGGGUAACAAAGACUCGACUUGUGUUACAAUAUGAAGCUGGCACUGACCCAUCAAAGAGGCAGUAUAAAGGGAUGCUUGAUGCCCUUAUAAAAAUAUAUAAGCAUGAAGGAAUACAUGGCCUAUAUAAGGGAUUUGUCCCUGGUUUGUUUGGAACAUCACAUGGAGCACUUCAGUUCAUGGCUUAUGAAGAGCUGAAAUCAAAAUACAAUAAAUACCGAAACAGACAGGUUGAUUUGAAAUUGAGCACUUUAGAAUAUAUCAUCAUGGCAGCCCUAUCAAAGAUAUUUGCAGUUUCAGCAACAUACCCAUAUCAAGUUGUGAGGGCACGUCUCCAGGAUCAGCACAACAAAUACUCAGGUGUAGUUGACGUCAUCCGUAAGACAUGGAGGAAUGAAGGAGUACAUGGAUUUUACAAAGGAAUUGUACCUAAUGUGAUCAGAGUCACUCCUGCAUGCUGUAUUACAUUUGUAGUAUAUGAAAAUGUAUCUCAUUUGCUACUUGGCUUGAAGACUGGUGCCUGAAAAUACUUUAUAAUAUCUGGACAUUAUCAUAGUUUGACUAUGCACCACACUUUUCUAAGUUAAGAUGGAAUUUUCUUGGUAGUCACAGAAGAAACGACAAGCUAGAAGACCACUAACUGUGCUUGAUUCAUUUUUUCUGCAUUUGGAUUCUUUGCCUGGAAUAUUAUUCCAUCUGAAUCUUCUCUAAGUGAAUGAAUAGAUGCAGCCCAGAAACAAGUCUGCAUCUUUCAUUUUGUUGUAUGGUUCUGUCUAGCUCUGUUACAUGAAAAGGAGUGGAUUCUUAGUCUACAGAAGUCUUAAUGGGAAGCAAAAUUUUACAUGGAAUAAGGUAAUCACCAAAUUGUAUAUGUGUCUUUUACUUCAGCAUGUCUCCAAUAAAUUAUGUUUGUUUCUCCACAAUUA